UCUCUCUUCUUCUUCUCUCUCUCGUCGUCACUGAGUAGAUCGGAAAAUGGAGCCAUGGAUUGACGAUUUAGCCGACGAUUUACAAAGCAUAAGUUUCACAUCAGCCGGAACCACCGUGAAUCGAAGCACAAGCUCCGGUUCUCGUUCCUCCUCCUCCGCCGCAGCACUAACACCAGCACCAUCAGCUCACGGUUCAUUCUCAUCCUCGAAACUCCCUCCUUCACUCCGAUCAUCUCUCUCACUCGCCGAUCUCAGAUUCCGUCUCCGUCUCGGUUCCGGAGACAUCGGCUCUGUUUUCUUAGCCGAAUUCAAAUCCCUAACCGCCGUAACCGUAACGGAAACCGCCGCCGUUAAAUUACCUCUGUUAGCAGCGAAGGUUAUGGAUAAAAAAGAGCUCGCGAGCCGGAGCAAAGAAGGAAGAGCGAAGACGGAGAGAGAGAUACUCGAAUCUUUAGAUCAUCCGUUUCUUCCGACGCUUUACGCCGCCAUUGAUUCUCCGAAAUGGCUCUGUUUGUUGACGGAGUUUUGUCCCGGCGGUGACCUUCAUGUUCUCCGUCAGAAACAAACUUAUAAACGUUUCCAUGAAUCCGCCGUCAGAUUCUAUGUAUCGGAAGUGAUUGUAGCUAUUGAGUAUCUUCACAUGUUGGGGAUUGUUUACCGCGAUUUAAAGCCAGAGAACGUUCUGGUUCGAUCAGAUGGUCAUAUCAUGUUAACCGAUUUUGAUCUCUCUUUAAAAUGUGACGAAUCGACUUCUACGCCACAGAUAGUACUGAACCGGAACAACCCUCCUAACGGCUCGUCUGAUCAGAACGAGAACCAAGGCAUGGACCAUCAUCAAACCACAUCAUCCUCUUGCAUGAUUCCUAACUGUAUCGUCCCUGCUGUCUCUUGCUUUCACCCGAGAAUCCGAAGGCGAAAGAAGAAAACUGAUCACCGUAACAACGGUCCUGAGCUUGUGGCCGAGCCAGUGGAUGUUCGGUCCAUGUCCUUUGUUGGAACGCAUGAGUACUUGGCUCCAGAGAUUGUUUCAGGAGAAGGGCAUGGGAGUGCAGUGGACUGGUGGACACUAGGGAUAUUCAUGUUCGAGCUAUUCUACGGAACAACACCGUUCAAAGGGAUGGACCACGAGCUAACCCUUGCAAACAUCGUGGCUCGAGCUCUCGAAUUCCCAAAAGAGCCAACGAUUCCAAGCGCGGCCAAGGAUCUGAUCUCUCAGCUACUAGCCAAGGACCCGAGCCGACGGUUAGGGUCGUCUCUAGGUGCAACAGCCGUGAAACGCCACCCAUUUUUCCAAGGAGUGAAUUGGGCGUUGCUCAUGUGUACUCGUCCUCCUUUUCUUCCUCCGCCUUUUCGCAAAGACCUUUUGUCAGAUGACAUUUGUCCUGAAACCCAUGUAGACUAUUAUUAAUUAUCUUAAUUAGCACUACGUAAUUAAUUAAUUUUCUUC